AUGGCCAGCCAAGCACUCCAUCUCCACACACGGCUCGAGUCUCAAACCAUCCCCAUUGUCCUACGCACCAUCCAGCCGCAAGACGCACCAGGCCACUCAGCCCUCUUGACCGCCGACAUUCAGAGCUCCGACCCCUCUGCGAGCGGGAUAUCCGUCUCGCGGUCGGAGGAGCUCAUCGCCGCGCAGACACAGUCCGCCGCCGUACCAACUAUUCUUGGCGCGGAUGGAAAAGUCAUCAGUGGACCAGGCAGGGUGAACAUGGUAUUGGUGCUGAAGACGGAGGGCGAGAAAAUCAUUGGCCUGGGGGGCUUCGGCGCCAUAAAGGACUGGGAGAGGGAGGGGAGGAAGAUCCGCGCGGGGGAUGCGGGCGUCGUGAUUGACGAGAAGUAUAGGGGAAGGGGGUAUGCCGUCGAGGCGAUGAAGUUGGCGAUAGAUUGGGCGUUUACGCCUGUGGCGGAGGGCGGACCGCAGUUGGAUCUUGUGACGGUCACGACGACGGCUACGAAUAAGGCUAUGCUGGCGUUGACGGAUGAUAAAUUGGGGUUGAGGGGGAAGGGUGUGCUUCGGGAUCAUGAGUUUGGCGAUCCUGCGGGCGAGAUGUACUAUGAGUUGACGGCUGAGGAGUGGAAAACCCUGAAGGAGAAGUUGUGA